AUGAAUACUUUAGCUCCUCAACAAGAUAGUUCAAAGUCAAAGCGCCUACGACUUAAUCCUGAACAAAUGAAAAUAUGUCAUUUGGUAAGAGAUCCAGAAAUUCGACCAAUGAUUUGGAAGUUUCAUCCAAGUAAAAGAGAUAAAAUUUGUCAAGCUUAUCUUAAAGCUGGACCAAAUCAACCAAUACUUGAUAAGUAUCCAUUCUCGAGCGAUACAAGUCAUCGUCGUCGUUUUCAAGCUUCUUGGUUUGAAUUAUAUCCUUCAUGGUUAGAGUAUUUUAUUGAAGAUGAUGUUGUGUAUUGUUUACCAUGCUACCUAUUUGCUAUGGAAUCUUCAAUCUAUACAGGUUCAAAUGCUUUCAUUGAAAAUGGCUUCAGGAAUUGGAAGAAGGUUGCACUUAUAGAGGCCAUGAUGAAAGCUCGAGUUCGGAUAAUCGAGAAAGAAAUUCUACAUGUUCUUGCUACAAUGGUAAGAAACUCAAUUAGAAAGGAUAUUAGAGAUGCCAAAUUUUGUAUUAUCAUUGAUGAAGCUUGUGAUGAAUCUAAAAAAGAGCAAAUGGCUAUUGUUUUAAGAUUUGUUGAUGUGGAUGGUUUUGUUCGUGAACGCUUCUUUGAUUUUGUACAUUUAGCACUGGUGGCUGCUUCAAGGGAAGUACUUCAAAUUCAUGAGUUUUUCACACAAUUGACUGCUAUUGUAAAUAUUGUUGGUACAUCUUGCAAACGACAUGAUCAACUACAAGAAGCUCAAGAAAUUAAAAAUGCAAAAUUGAUUGCUAAUGAUGAGCUAGAAACAGGUCAAGGUGCAAAUCAAAUGGGCACUUUACAAAGAGCUGGAGAUACAAGAUGGAGUUCUCACUUUCAUUCUGUUUGUAGCUUGAUAAGAAUGUUUACAGUUACUCAUACCAUUCUUAAUAACAUUACUGAUGAUGGUACAACUUCUGCUCAAAGAGGUGAGGCUUAUGGUGUCAACAAAGUGUUAUCCUCGUUUGAAUUUAUUUUUUCGUUACAUUUGAUGAAGGAAAUUAUGGGAAUUACUAAGAUUUUGUGCCAAGCAUUACAACAAAAAUCUCAAGAUAUUUUGAAUGCAAUGCAUGUUGUUUCCACAUCAAAACUACUUCUUCAAAAAUUGAGGGAUAAUGGUUGGUGCAAUUUACUUGAGAUUGUUAAGAAGUUUUGUGAGAAACAUGAAAUUGACAUCCCUGAUAUGAGUACACAAUACACGGAUUCUUUUGAAUGCUCAAUUGCACAUUAUGCAUUUGAUAUACCGAAUCAUCUAAAAGAUGUUGGGACACUUUCUGAGUUAUGUCAAAGAUUGAAAGAAACAGAAAAAUCAAGAACUUAUCAUUUGGUUGAUAGACUAAUUCGCAAUGUCUUGACUCUUCCAGUAUCUACAGCAACAACAGAAAGAGCUUUCUCGGCAAUGAAAAUUGUUAAAAUAAGGCUUCGGAGUAAAAUGGCAGACGAAUUUCUUACAGAUAAUUUAGUCAUUUAUAUUGAAAAAGAAAUUGCAGCUACUUUCAGUAUAGAUUCAAUAAUAGAUGACUUUGAAUCAAGGAAAAAACGUUGA